UCGAAAAUGGAACAAAGCCCAAUUGACAACCCCAACACUGCUAUUUUAUCCGAAAGCGAAUCUGAAUCCCAUCCUAAGAAAACCACCCCUCGACGAAGACGCCGUCGCAAAGAAAAAUUCAUCCCGGAUUUUAACAUACCAGGUGUUCACAAAAUUGUGCUACCGGAACUAACCCAAGAGGCGAUUGGAUGUGUGGCUGGUGAUCAGGUAACAGCGGAAAAACCGUGGAUAACUGUCGACAAAGAUUUGAUUUUGGAACACUUGGAGAAUUUUCCUGAAGAAUCUGAAUUUCUGUUUUUGAAAAAUCAAAUUUUAGAAUUUCCUAAAGAUGAGGUACUCAUGGGGUAUAUCCCAGAUGAGUCAAGAGAAUUUGAUGAGUUUUAUAUUUGUGUAACUGAAGAUGCAACUCAUGCCGUCAAUGAAAUUGUUGAAAAAUUGGCCAAACUUCAAGAAGAAAGACUGAGGAAUGCUAUUCAUCGAAAAAUCAAACGGUGGAAGCCCUUAGGAUCGGAUAAGGAGAUUGAAGAAGGGAGAAUUAAGUACAAUAGGGCUUUGAUUGAGGUUGAAAUCGAGUCUAAAUACCCAAUUCUUCCGUUUAAAGUCCAUUUCAGGCUCACCAAAGCUCAGGACUUGAGAGAUGGAUACAUGGAACUUCGCCCUUCUGAUGAAUCUCAAUCAACAAUUGUUAAAAAACGAAUCGAUGCUUUUGUUCAAGUGGCCCCUAACACAGUUUCUAACCAAGCACAGACUAUUUGCACGUAUCCUAAAAACUCCUAUACUCAAUACGAGUACGAAAUUCCAGAAAUGGGGGAAGUACCUUCACUUGGAAAUUUUCCUCAAAAUUUGGACUCGUUUUGUGACAUUUUACGAGUCAAUGGAUGCAUUGAUUUGUACUCCAACGACUACGAAAACCUCGUCCUAAACCCAAAAAUGACAGUCCGAAUCACCGCCGCUGACGCAAUUGAGUACUUCUGUUUCAUCGAUAUGAACUUAUGUGGAAAUAAAAUGGUUUCGAGUUUGAGUUGGCACCCCAUGUGGUCGGGUUGUAUGAUCGCUUCUUAUGUCGACAUAGCCUCCCCUAUGUACCUCCAAAAUAAAAUUAACACAGAUGAGGUCCUCAAAGCUGUUCAUGACUCAAAUCCGGUACUUUUCUGGAGUUUCAACGAUGACCUCAAACCAAAACUGAUCUUAGAGACCCCUCGCCCCAUCUAUGCCGUCUCUUGUUGCCCUUACAAUGCUAAUCUGAUUAUAGGAGGCUGUGUCAAUGGUCAAGUGGUUCUCUGGGACAUCACUAACAAACUCAAUAUGGUCGAAGAAGAGGAAAUCCUGACUAUUGAACAACAAAAGUAUCGCGAAUACAUGUUUUCACUCAUGAAUUGGAUGAAGAAUAUUUUUGACAUAACUUUGGUUCGACCUACGGCCGUUUCAGACUUGAAAUAUUCACAUAAAGGUUGUGUUACUGCGAUUUCGUGGCUGUCACCCUUUCACCACACCUCAAAAACGGGCAAAAUUGAGGAAAUUGAAAGCGAUUCUCUUUCGCUUGAGUUUAUUACAUCGGGAGAGGAUGGUACUGUUAUGAUUUGGGACCUUCUCAGGAAACCUACAGUAGAACCUGGAGGUUUUAAAGCUGUGAGGAAAUUGAGGAGGCUUAAAAAGAAACCAAGUGCUCUUUUGACCAUGGAGUCGUCUUUUAAAAUCCUUCACCUCAAUCUCAAACCGGUCUACAAGAUUAAUUUGAUCAAUCCGAUGCAAAACAACCGACUUAUCGGAAUCUCAACGAUGUAUACAAAUUUUUUUCGAACAACUUUCGAGUGUGUUAAUAAAGAACAUCGAAAAAAUAUCAAAUUAGCUGAUCGACAAUUUUUUCGUCCUGUAAUUAAUUUCUACGGAGCUAAUUCGCGGAAAACAUUUUAUGCUGGUACUCUUGAAGGUGAUUUUGCACAGGGUGUUUGGGAGGGACAGGAAUUUGAUUCGGGCGAGGUUGUCAAUUUUGAAAAUUGUCAAUUUGUUAAUGUUGGAAAGGUCCAUGAUGGUCCUGUUGUUUCGAUUGACUACUCCCCUUUGAAUGACACUGUUUUGACAGUGGGAGGUUCGGUUUUUGCUCUUUGGAGGGAGAGUUUUAAAAAUCGGCCCAUUUUGUGGCGAAAAUCCAAGUCGGUUUACACCGAUGGGUCAUGGUACAGGUUUGAACAAGCCUCAAUUAAGUUGGUGCGAAUAGAUGGGUAUAUGGAGGGAUGGAGUCUCUUUAAUCAAAGUAAAAAACCAAUUGAACAAAAAUUGAUGUCGAACGGUGCUGUCACGAUAUGUAGUACUCACCCAAGAAAAAUCAAAUCAAAUGUGUUUAGUCUUUGUGACUAUCGAGGGUCAAUAAGACUCUUUUAUAAGCAACAUUUGAGUCCUAUUAUUAUUAAAGCAAAAGAAGAAUACAUGAGUGAAUUUUUGACUCGAGAAAUUGAAAGGAAGAAGAAAUUUCUUGAAUGGCAAGACAAAUGGAACCAAAGAUACCUUAUUAAAAAACCAGUCGUUGAAAAAGAACCUGAAAUCGUCCCAACUGAAGUCACUGAAACGAAGAAAAAAGAAGAAAAGAAGAAAAUUGCCAAAAUCAGUCCUGGGCAAAGAUAUCUUGAACUAGUUCAAGAACAACACCGAGUUAACGAACAACAAAGGAUCAAAAGUAUCAUCCUGAUGAAGAAGCAACUCGACACUGAAGACUUAUUGAAGAAACGAGAACCGCUCCGUAAGCUUGAAGAAGAAAACGAGGUGAAGAAGCGUAAACAAAAGAAGAAACUUAAAGAAUCUGACAAGAUCUUUAAAGAUACAGUUGCGAUGUUGUUUCCAGAUGUUGUUAAAGAGAAACCGCCACCGCCCCCUGACCCGUAUGAAGAUUGCUACAGUGAAGAAAAUAAGAAGAUCCAUUUUGAUAAUUUUAAGGGGAUUUGUGACGAGGCGAAGAAUUAUGUGGAGGAGAAUCCAUUCAGUUAUGAUUUUAGUUGGGGGAUGGUUUUGAAGACGGGGAGGGAAAGGAGAAAGAAGUUGGAUGAAGGAGGAGAGAGGGAGGAGCAUGGGAGGAGAUAUGCAAUAGUUAAGGAGGAGAAGGCCAGGUUGGCGGCGGCGGCGGCGAUUGAGGAAGAGGUUGCCAGAAGUAUGGUAGAAGAAAUCAGUAUUGUUUCUAGUAUGUCAAAUGUGACCAAUUUUUGA